AAUGUGUGCGAAGGCGUUUUGCUUUUGCAAUUUGCAAUAACCAAAGCAUGGCCAUAAAAAUAUAGUUGCCAUCCCAAAAAAUCGGAGGGAAGUGCCAGUAAAAGAAAGAGGGAGAGAGAGACAGCUGGAGUGGACCUAGAGCGAGAUGGCAGCACAAUGAGUUUUUGAUUACUUUGAAAUUUCUUAUUUGCCUUUCAGUAAGCCGGGCGCAAAAAAAAAAAAAAAAUUGGCGCCUCGUUAUUGUGCAAAUAUUGAUAAGCGUCAGUCACGGCCUGCUGUUGGCCAAAUCCCAAAUCCAGAAUCCGGAACCCAGAAUCCGACACCUUCCCAUCAUCCUUGCCAUCGCCACCGCCAUCGCCAUUCUGGCACUUUUAUUUGUUUCGCAAUCAGACUGCCAAGUGACAUUUUUGGCGGUUGUUUGUUCAGCGCGGCUUAUUGCCGGCCAGAUUAGGCCUAGGUUUCCCAGUGCAGGCUGGACCAGUUUGUAUUCGCUGAAUGGAACGAAAACAAAGUUGAUAUCCACCAAAAUCCUCGGGCAGUCGAUAUACCAUACCGGUGGGAUAAUUAAAUAGUUUCGCAUUCGAACUGCUGGAAAGCAUUCCGCAAAAUAAGCCAAUGCCACUGAAAUUGGCUGAAGUUGACAGGCGUUCGCCAAAUUGAAGAAUUUCCGUGUGUAAUAAAUUUGAAACGUGACGCGCGGCGGCGGCAGCGGCGGCGAAGGCAAAACAAAUGCGAAGCUUAUUGAUAGGGAGAAAUGGUAUCUGACUUGGACGGGAUAUGAAUGUAUACCCAUUUCUUUGCCAUCACCAACUUGCCGCCCAAAAGUUUGCAUGUCAGCGGGUCUGAUAGAUCUGUCACCUGCUCACGUACGCGCCGAACGCGGGCCAUCCGAUGUUUGUCAAACAUGAUAACCUGGGCUAAUAAUUUAUGAAAUUUCCAAUAAUAAGCCUGACCAAGUUCAUAAAUUACACGGCGGCUAAGCUGAAAGUGCCCAUUCAAUGUGGCAGCUGCUUUAAGGACAUUCAAGUCCUGCGAGCACGUGCAACUAGUUUGCUGAUUGAUUAAACCACGCAACAUCAUCUUGAAAGGCCAGCAACUGUAUACUCGUACAUACGUACAUAUAUACAAGAGCCAGGACGUUCAAGGAAUUGUUAUUAGAUCGUUUGCUAGUUCCACCACUUGCGUACUUUUCGCCAACUUGGUUCGCUGCCGAUGCGGAUACGGAUGCUGAUUCCGAUGCUGAUGCUGAUGCCGAUGCGAAUGCUGAUGCUGAUGCUGAUCUGACGUGGACGGCACACGUGCUAAAGUCACUUUUAACGGAACAACACGGCAUCACUUAACGCGCUCCCCGCUCUCGUAACAGCGCCAACCUCCAAUCCCCAAUCCCCGACCGCUGACCCCGUGACCCCGUAACCCCGCCCAGUUUUUUUUCCCAAACCCAAAGCCCAUGCCCAUUGAAUCGGACGUGACAAGUGCGGGCAAUGGGCGAUAUCCCAGCAUGGGCCACGAUUCCUGCUCAUUGUCAUGUGCAGCGCAUAAAGGGGCGGCAUCGGUGAAUGGGCCGAGUGGGCGGGGCCAGUAGGAUGUUGAGUGGCGCCCAGGAAUACCCAAUAUGACAGCCCCUGGCGAAGUAAGAGCGAAAGUCUCAGGCUAAAGUCAUUCUUAAAGCAUAUCAAGUAUACGCACUCAGCCCUUCGUUUAAGUCGAGCAUGCCAUAAAAUCAAAUUCCCAACGAGCUGAUGAAAUUACUUGCAAAAAUAUUUAACAACUCGAGUGCGAGCAUGCUAAAAAUGCCAAUUGUUGUCAACAGGCAAACACUCGUUGUCCUGUGGAAACAUUAGACUCUUGCCAAAAUGUACUUGGCCUCCAGCAAGUAACAAGAAAGCAUUAGGACUUGACCCACUCCCAUCGCAAAUGGGAAAUUGUUUGCUUCAAUUAAGCAAGAGUUUCCCACUCGUCUGAGCAUAUUUCACACAACGACCACUCCACUCAACGGGGUGCACCUACCUACCUAGUUGGUAUUAUGUAAAUAUGUUAAUUCGUUCUCUCGGCCCGAAGACAAAGCCCUAUGCUCUCGACCAACGCAGAGGGUCGAGUUCUGGUGACGCUUUCAUUAGAAAUGCAAAUGGGCAUGGCGACAUCUUCAAGUUCAAGUUGCCGAUAAAUUUCGAGACGGGACUGGGAAAGCCCCACAGGUCAGCCAGGUGAUAGUUGGGUCAACCAGUUUGGUCAGCUUUAACGUAUAAAAGUCGCUUGCUGGCCUCGCUCCAUACUUGAUUUUACCCAGGCAUUCUACUAAAGAUUCAUUACGUUGCCUUGAUUGUGAGACUGCUUUCAUUACGUAUACGCAGCGUUGCCCCAAAUUUAUGUCAACCAGCGAAUCGCGAACCGGCGCUAAAUUUACGCCUAUGUGUUCUUAUUUUCUAAUUACUAUAUAUGCAUGUUAGCCGGGCACGGUUGACUGUGGGCGUGGUGUAUCUGUAAUUAGUGUUUUGCACACACAUAUUCAUAUCAAAUGCCGGCAUAGUCGCUGUUUAAUAAAUUAAACGACAAUUUGCACUGGGACCCGGUGCUGUUGCUGUUGCUGUGGCUCGUAAAGAGCUGGAAUCCUGAAAACUGGGACAUUAAGGCAUUAAAACUGGCAUUAGGCAAAGGCAGGCCUGCAAUUAAAAUAAAAUGGAGAGCUCAAGCGUCGACAACAAUAUGCACUAUAAGGCAGGCAAAAAUGUAUGUCCCUUGCACAGGAUGCGUACUAAGAGGACCUCGAAAAUAAUUUAUUGCCUCCUUGUGGGUGCCAAGAAUCGCGCACUAAGCCGCCAAUUUAUUUGCCGCUCUUUUUGCUCUAUUCAUGUAGAUAAAGCAAAGAUUUUUGCUAUGCUUUAUAUAUAUAUAUUUUUUUUUUUUUCUAUUGUUGAUUUCUUGUGGCAUUUUCGGCUGAUAGACGUGGCCCUCUGUUUAAUAAAUAAUCUCGACCAUUUAGCUAGAUGGUUGCAAGCUAAAAAAAUACAUAAACACGCAAAAUAAUAAUCAGCAUCUGUCGUCGUUGCCGUUUGAUUGUCAAUACAACAUAUUUUUAUCGCUAACACAAUUUGCCAAACAAAUUGGCCAGCUCGGCGAAAUUUGAUUUGAUUUAUUCCUUUCAGCACUCUCGGAUAGGUUUUUUUAAAUAUUGCUUUUUUUUAGCAUAAGCUUUAGUUUAGUUUCAGCUCGGUUCGGUUUGGUUCGGGUUUUUGCGCUUGCAAUAAUUGAUAUCGGCUAUUUGCAUAUCAAAUUUAAUAUAUUUGCAUAUAUUUCUUUUGCACAGAGAAACGAUUUUGCGGCUAGCCAGUCAGCUUUUUGGUGAAUUUUUUGUUUUUUAUUUGUCGCCAGGUAUGCGGAAAUAAUUUUGGUAUAUGAAACUCGUAUCUAGAAAAGCAUAGAAACGGUCUGCUCGUAAAAGAGUUCUAAAAAGCGGGCAGCUCCAAACAUUUUUGCAAAAGAAAGGCUAGAAGCAAACAAACUCGUUUAACUGGUGCUUAAAUGGCAAAUUGGUCGUCCGUAAAUAAUGCUUAUGAUUUAAGGAAAUUACUAAUGCUCCAAUUUAUGGUGAGGCGACAGAUUUGAUUGGAAUUUUGCACCUGAAAGGCACCGCCCGGUUUUGACACCAGCCAGGUGCCAGGUGAUAGCCUGAUAGCCGCAUAAAUUAAAUGCACAAUCUUAUUCGUUUCGUCGUCGUGUUUUGGUGGUGGCAAUGUACAAUGGCAAUAAAAUAAUAUAGGGGCAGUCUUGUGGUCUAGAAAAGGGAAAGACUAAAAAUAAUGGAUAAAAUAAUAAACAGUGACAGAUUUUGUAAAUAGAUCGAUUGACCCAAAAGGCCAUUUACAUAAAGUGGUGCCAGAAAUUCCCUCCCGCAGUUUCUUAUUUAUAUUUUUUUGGUCCACCGGGGCCGUUUUUUAUUUAUUUAUUGAUACGCCAACGUCGUCCGACCGCUAUUAUCUUCGAUUCCAAGCUGGAAACUCUUUCCCCGCGUUUCGACCACUUUUUAUGUCGCUGCUGCGUGCAUCUUUUAUGUGCGUGUGGCGCCCGAGACCUUGAAAUUGUGGCUGGUUUGUUUUAUUAUGCUUACAUUUGAUUAGUUUGCAUAUGACAUUGCCACCAGCGACCAGCGACUAACUUCGAUGAUGCUGAGAUGCUGGCCAAUCGGCGAUCCGCAACAGUUGGCAGUUGAGCAAAAGGUGGGGCCGCACACAAAGCCAAGACAAAUUGUUUUUGACUUUGGUUUAUUGCUCGAAGUGUGAAUCUUGAUUAGAUUCUGGGCACCAUGGAAUGGGGUGGUAUCAUAUACCAUCAUUAGAUGUAGAACGACACAAGAAGUUAUAUCAUGGAUGUGAUGUCUUGGCGGAUUUCCUCACUAACCCCAUCUGCGGGUUACUCAUCGCUAUAGUUAUCCGUGAUAUCAAUCAAUAUAUUAGUCAUAACUGCGAUUGGCAUUUGCCACUAUUGAUUUGCAAAUCGGUUUGGCUAUCUUAAAUAUGGAUCUUGGGUAUUUCUCCUUAAUUAUGCAAAUCAAAUCAGUUUUCAGCGGAUUUGUUGUGGCUGGUUAACCCCCCCUCAACCCGCUUCUGCUCCCAAACUUUGCCGAAAUAAAAUAAAAAACCAUAAUUUUUAUGAUAUCAAUAAACCAUGAUGAAAAACGUGAUAAUCGCUGAUCAGAUUAAAUGGUCGCCUGGCGCCAGCUGAUUACCGCCGAAUUCCGAGCAGCUUCGGGUGCUGGUCAACAGUAAAAAAGCCUCAAGGUCGCAACGGUUGUUAACUUUAUGGCUUCUAUUUUGCAAAGCCGUGUUUUUGCCACAGGUUAAAUGGCCAAGCGACGAGCUCCGGACAAAUGGACAGAUGGACCAUCGGAUAGAUGGAUGGAUGAAUGAAUGGAUGCGCAAAAAAGUCUGGCGAAAAUUGAUUUCUAUCCAUUUCGGACCCAUUGUUUUUCAACCCCAACACCACAGUCCAGGGCUUGGGUUUUAAAUAGCCAAACCCUAGAGCAGCCAGUCCCCGAUACCAUACCAUACCAUAUACCAACCAUAUAUUCCAAAUACCAAAGGGGGGACGCAAUAAUCGCUGGGAAUUCCCAGCUAGAAAUAUGCGGCUGGACCAACUAAAAAGUGUAGAAAAACCGAGUCGUUUUCGAACUCGUUUGGAUGCUCCGCUAAAUGUUUUAGCAUACAAAAUAUGAAGAAAAUCAUUUCAUUUUACUGAAAGCAUGACCAUUUAUAGUGGCUCUGGCUAAACGAGUUUUCAGCCCUUUUCUGGCCGUUUCCUCUGCCGAGAGCCUGCUCUAUUGGAUUACAACUUGACGGGUAGGGUCUUCUGCCUGAACAUUUUCGAUGAUACUCGUCGUACUGCGACUUGGACUGAGAUCGUUGAAUUAGCAUAAUGUCGACGGCAGCAUUUGCAAGAAUAGGGCGGCAAGAUAUCGAUGCGCUUUGUUUAUGUCGGCUUGGCCAUUGUUUUAUCGCACAAGCUUCGUUUUUCGAAGGUGGAUAGCAUUUCAAGAGACAAAAGCUGCCGAAGAAGUUACCAAAAAAUGCUUCGAGCCAACAAAAACAACGGUGGUAAAGUCUGCAUGAACUUGAGCGCAGUCCAGUGACACCGAUCGGUUGGUUUUCGUAUAAAUAUUGGACCUUUCGGUGAUGCAAACGUCAGACACAACCAAGUGGUCAAAGUCAAAGAACUAAAUUCAAAAUGCGUGCCUUCAUUGUUAUGUGCUUGGUGGCAGUCGCCUGCGCCGAUAAGCUCGGCUACAACUACCAGCCCGUGGGACACUCCAGCUCCGGACUGUCCUUCGCUCCUGGCAGUGGCAGCAUUGGAGGUGGCUCCAUUGGCGGAAGCAUCGGAGGAGGCAGCAUCGGAGGAGGCAGCAUUGGCGGAGGCAGCAUUGGCGGAGGCAGCAUUGGAGGAUCCAUUGGCGGUGGUUCGAUUGGCGCCAGCAUCGGAAGCGGUGCCGGUCUGGGUGGUCUGAGCAGCUUUGGCGGUGGCAGCAUUGGAAGCAUUGGUGGUGGUGAAGCCCUCAGCGCCCCCGUCUCCUACAGCGCCCCUGCUCCCGCUGCUGAGCUCCAGAAGGAGUUCUUCACCUACACCGCCAACGAGCAGGACUUCGAUGAGCCCCAGCAGCUGGAGCGCGUUUCCUCUGCCCUCAACAAGGCCCUGCGCGUUGUCUUCAUCAAGGGACCCGAGAACCGUGGCCUGGAGAACGCUGCCCUCGCCCUCGCCAAGCAGGCUGCCCAGCAGGAGACCGCCAUCUAUGUCCUGAACAAGCAGGCCGACAUUGGAGAUCUGGCCAACAAGUUGAACGCCAUCCGCAACAACAACAACAACAAGCCCGAGGUGCACUUCGUCAAGUACCGCACUCCCGAGGAUGCUGCCAACGCCCAGCGCGCCAUCCAGGGUCAGUACGACCAGCUGGGAGGAUCCUCUCAGGCCCACAACGGUGGUGUUGCCCCCGUCCUGAACUUCGCCUCCGCCGCUCCAGUGCGUCAGGCUGCCGCCCAGAGCCCAGACAACUCGUACCUGCCUUCUUCGGUCUUCCGUCGCGUCUAAGUUGCUCGUUUCGCUCCUUUUGGAAUCGAAAACGAAAGCGAUUUUUGACUGAUAUUAAAUCGUAGUUUUUGUUGACUAAUGCUUAAAUAAA